AUUAGACCGCACCAGCUCAAAAAGAUAACAUUGAAUCCACACACUUUGACAAAGCUAGCUCGCUCUCGCUCAGUCUCAGCUCCCCCAUUUCACCUUCGCUGCAAUUUUCUCAGCCCCCAUAGAAAAAAAAAGAAAAUGCCAGACAAAAAACCAGACGCCGUGGCCACCAAAAACCCUAAGAAGGCCAAUCUCUUAGACCACCACUCCAUCAAGCACAUCCUCGACGAGUCUGUCUCCGAGAUCGUAACGAGUCGUGGAUAUGUGGAGGACGUGAGGAUGAGCAAUAUAAGAUUGGUGAUGGGAACGAUUAUCAUUGUCAUUGCUCUUGUUGCUCAGUUUUACAAGAAGAAGUUCCCUGAGAACAGAGAUUUUCUCAUCGCUUGCAUCGCAUUGUAUGUAGUGUUCAAUGGAUUGUUGCAGUUGAUCAUAUACACGAAGGAGAAGAAUGCGAUUCUGUUUACCUAUCCUCCUGCGGGAUCCUUCACCAGCACUGGCUUGGUGGUGUCUUCCAAAUUGCCCAGAUUUUCUGAUAUGUACACACUUAUCAUAGCAAGUUCAGAUCCUAAAUCAGUUUCUGCAAAUGAACCUGUACAAUUUACCAAAAGUGUUACUCAAUGGUUCACAAAGGAUGGGGUUUUGGUGGAGGGCCUGUUCUGGAAAGAUGUCGAAUCAUUGAUAGAUCAAUAUGCAAGAGAACCAAAGAAGAGCAAGUGAUUUAAAGCUUCAGACUUCAGACCUUGUCUGAUAGAUAGGGCACUGGUUGGCAGAAGAAAUCUAGUUAUAUUUUGACAUGACUAUAGAUGGUUGCUCAUUGAUAUAAUGGUCGUUGGCAUUGAUCAUCAUAGAACCAAACAAAUGGAAUUAUAAUCUCCAGCUUUAUGAGACAUUAGACAAUUUUACUCCAUUAUAGUCAAUGUGUUUCAACUAGCGAAAUCUGCAAUACUUGCAAUAUGUUGUUUCUCCAAUAUUUUUCUCAAUUUCCUUUUAGAGUUCUCUCAAUUCUGAUGAUGCUCAAGUUUUUCAACA